GAAUUGUCAUCCUUUCCUAGCACAGCCUCUACAUCAACGGAAGACCAUGAAAGCAUUUCAGGAUCCACUUCCUCCAGGAAAUUGAGAGUAACUCUGUUAAGCAGUGAAUGGAGAUCAACAAAAGGAGGCUUGUCAACCAUCAACCGAGAGCUGGCCAUUCAGUUGGCUAAACACCCCAGCGUGGAGGUCAGUGUUUAUCUCCCCAAGUGCAGCGAGGAAGAUAAACGAGUUGCUGCAAGUCACAAUGUCCAUCUUAUUGAAGCAGAAGAAAUGCCAGGCCUAGAACCAAAUUUCUGGUUAUCUUGUUUGCCGGAAGACCAUUCUGUGGACUUUGUGAUAGGACAUGGAGCCGUUCUUGGUCGGCAAGUGCAGAUUAUAAAACGACAUCAUCAUUGCAAGUGGAUUCAGGUCGUUCAUACAGCUCCUGAAGAGCUUGGUAUGUACAAGUCCUAUGCAGAUGCUAUUUCAAGAGGCGAGAAAAAGCACCAAGCUGAGGUAAAACUCUGUGAAAAAGCUGAUCAAGUUGUAGCAGUUGGUCCUAAGCUGGCUGAAGCUUUCUCAGGUUAUCUCCGUGCCUGUGGAAAGGAUCAAGAAGUCCUCAAUCUUACCCCAGGCAUCUUCUCUGAGUUUUCUGAUGUAAAGCAAGCCAAUGAAGAAAGAAAAACAUUCAGUGUUUUAGUGUUUGGACGUGGUGACAAUGAAGACUUUCAGCUGAAAGGAUAUGACAUCGCUGCUCACGCUAUUGCGGAGUUGAAAGACGAGCCACAGCCCUAUAAGCUCUUGUUUGUUGGAGCUCCAAGUGGAGAAGAGGAGAAAGUAAAAGAUUUAUUACUUAAGCAAGGCAUUGAUCGAAGUCAACUAACUGUGCGUUGUUUUAAUGAAAGUAGAGAGCAGUUAGCCCGUUUGUUUUGUGAAGUAGAUCUUGCUGUAAUGCCAUCACGAACUGAGGGCUUCGGUCUAGCUGCCCUAGAGGCUUUAUCAGCUGGUCUGCCUGUGCUGGUUAGUGGAAACUCUGGUCUUGGCGAGGCCUUACAGGAAGUUUUGAUCGGUUCAAAUUGUGUGGUGGAAUCAGAAGAUCCUAAAGAUUGGGCCAAUGCAAUUAAAGCUGUUCGGAAGAAAAAAAGGAAGCUGCGACUGAGAGAGGCCAAGCUUCUUCAAGGAGAGUAUGAAGAGAUAUACAGCUGGCAGGAUCACUGUAAUAGACUUGUGCAACGAAUGCUUGCCAUUUCUCAAGGUAACAGGCUCACUUUUUAAUUCAAAUUGGUCUUGGUAUUGUGUAAUCUGCUGGCAUUAGGGAAUGUACAUUUGUAAGUUCACGCAAUUACAAUGACAGCAUUAGUGAAAACUUCACAACAUACAUAAGAAGCAUUGAACAAGACUCCUUUAAGACUGACUUACAAGGUCAAAACGUUUUCACACUGGUUACAGGUUAACAAUGUUAGAUGCUGAGAAAUAAUACCCGCCUCAGGUUUAGGUUUUUCGUGCUAAGUAGGGUAAUGGACCACACCAUAAGGAAAUUGCAUUUUAUCAAAGAGGCUUGGUUGUUUCGAAUAGGUUAUUUAACGUGAAAUUUUCGGUUUGCGACAUCUAAAUGCUGGUCAUAGCCACAGUGUAGAGGUGAUGAGUAACACUAGACCUCUUAAGCGUGUAAGUUUUGUUUUCCCAAUGCAGGUCAUGUGUUCAUACUCUAGAGAACUGUUUCUUUCAAAUUACAUCUUAUUCACGUGCAUACAUGUAUCUACACAUAAAAAGACACAAAGUGUCAAGUUCCCCUUGGACCUCUGGGAAAACAGAACAUACAAUCUAAAUAGGGCUAUUGAUUGCCCAAUGGUAAUCCGGAUUUCAGAAUUCGGGAAACUUUUGCUUGUGGAAUAUGGAAUUCGGGAAUUUUUUUCGUGGAAUAGGAAAUCCUUGGCCUUGGAUUUCAACAACUGGAAUCCUAAAUCCAUUACCUGGAUUUCGGAAUCCCCAGUGUGGACUCCAGAAUCCAAGUCUGUCUCGUCCUGUGUUUUUUGUUUGAUUAGUUCAAUUCAACAGAGUUAUGCAGCGUUUGGAAAUAAUAUUUUCAAACUCAUUAAUAAUUCAUUAAGAAAAUACAAAGGAAAUUAAUGUUUAAUGAGUGUUUGGAAAUCGGAUGAAACACUGCUUAGUAUUUGCAUCCUUAAUUUCUCCUUCAAAAAUGAUUUUGUUUGAGAAGAAAUAUCAAACAUUCGACACAGUGUUUUAUCACCAGAUGAAACACCUCGAAGUUCGUCAAAAAUACUCCGCUGCGCGUCGUAUUUUCAACUCUCUUCUCGGUGUUUCAUCUGGUGAUGAAACACUGCAUCUCAUGUUUGAUAUAUUACUUACAAAAUUCAGGGCUUGAAUGCCUGACAGGCCUUUUUCAAGCUUCUUAAAUAGAAAGGCCAUAUUUAUGUGGCUAGUUAGUACAAUUGCAAAUGGAAUGGAUAUAAGGAUUGAAUAUUACUGUAUAUACCGUGAAGGUAAAAAAUGAAAAUGGAGAAAAAUACAAAAACAGUAUUUGAUUGGAUUUUAGGCUCGGCAAAGAAACGUCAGUCUUCCAAGAAAGGCGAAAGGCCGUUAUCUUCAAGUAACAUUCCAGCCCCGAAAUACCCAAGGCUAUUGAAAGAUGAAGGUAAGGUUUGUUUUUGCUCAAGUUCAAAUAAAGGCUAGUUGUUUCUUUGUAUGUAUAUUGUAUAUGUACAACCAUCUUAGUGGGGAAGAUAUUUUCAGUCAGUGAUACAGGCGGCUCGUAAAACAUUCAAGUACUCCCCGAAUAGGAGUCGAAUUUAUGAGGUUCUGGUUACUGGUCCAGAUGCUCUACCACUGAGCUACAAAAGACUCGUGAAAGCUAAGGCGACUAAACUUAAGGUUCAUGUGACAAACAUCCUGCACACUGCUGGGACUAUUGUAGCACUAGUAUCACACACUGCAUCGGAAGUAACACAAAGUGGAUGAUUUUGUGUCCAUUGAUUGAGGCCUUAUUAUGACCGCCCCCUCUGCUUCAAGGUUUGAAGUUGGGCAGUCAAGGAGCUCGAGUCACUGUCACUCACACUUGGAGCAAAUCGCACGCUUCUCACGUUUGACCCGCCCUCCAAACUUCGAACGUGCUUCACAACACCUUGAAGCUACACCACCCGAGUUAAGAAUUUUUUAGCACAUUUUGGUGCAAACCGUAGUCAGGUCUCUCUUCAGUUCCUUGAGUGAACGAUUAUCAUUAAGCGUUUAGUUCCUAAAGCUGUUUUUUUUUCGUCGCUAAAGGAGACGAAGCACAAAAAUGUUUUCUUUUCCUUGGUUCUCAGUAAAGGAAUUUUUCAUCUCAAAGUUGCUGUCUAAGAAAAUUCUUUAGGGGCGCGAAGGGCUCCUAAAGCCCAUUCCAAAAAAUCAGUAACUAUAUUUAACGUGUCAAACUUCUAGCACACGACAACUGGUGCCCUAAUCGGUUGAUCGAUAAGCUUCAAAUCUAUCAUUUAUCAAACUCAAGGGCACAAAUAGUUUUAAAGGGCCGGCUAAUAUUCAAGGGCCAAUCUCCUUUUUUCUGUACUAGAGGGUUUUUUUACUUCAUUGUACAUUAAUUUUGUAUUUUGAGGGCGGAACCCUGGAGCCAGGGUACCUAAACCUAGUUUUAAUUAGUUCACCAGAAUGACCCUAUCAAAAGUGUCGGUAGCUUAAGUUGACAGUCUUGACCAGAUCCUCGAAACUUGAUUACUAAGUCUCCCUUGCAGCCGUUUUUGUCUCGUCACACAACGCUAAACGGGAACGUUGCGUGACGAGACAAAAAUAGAACAACACUUUCGAGAAAUCAGCAUUUUUUUAUAUUCAACACUAAAAAAGAUCUCAAGAAACGAUUCAUUUCUUAAGAAAAAUAAAAAUAACCAUUUGCACGUACAGCGAACGGACCGACCAACAGUACUAGCUUGUACAAUUUAAGCGAAGUUAAUUUUAAGUUUUUAGGCGAUAAAAAAGGACCAACGAAAGGUUUUAUCUUGAAUUUUGUAAAAUUGACUAAGUAUUUUUGUAACAAGUCUAUCUUUUGAACUAUAAAAACUGUUUUUAUAUUUGUAAAGGCACGUAUUUAUGUCACCUGCGACGGCGUCAAUUAAAAAAGAAAUUAAAAUAUGAUCUUGAAUAGCUGCCAUGGCUCAUUUUCGAAAACUAAAAUGUGUUUGCGAGCCUUUCAAAAUCUACCGCAAAACGUACAGCAAAAAAAUAGAAAGGCCUAGAUAAGGCUGAAUAAAUGAUGAAAGAAAUCCGGAGGGUGUAAUUUGCAGGUCGCAGGUUGCCGGUUGCAGGUCAGAAUUUGGAAAAAGAGUUAAAUGUCCUGAAUGGUUAACAGAUCUUCCCGAACUCCCAAAACAGAACAUUACAAUGAUGUUUUGGUGAUAUCAUAUUCUUGACAGGGUCACGCAAAACAGGAAAUAUCAGAUCUCAGUUCUAUAAAUCGAUUCUUUAGUCCAAGAUGCACGCCGUGGAUAGCUGGCACGUGGAGAGUAGAUCAUUAACCACCGGAAAUUUCAACUUCCGUUUCUUCUUUCACCAUUCAUUUAUUUUUUGUUUUUUUAAGUGUACCCAAUCAAGUUGAAAAAUUACGGAAAUUCUGGAGGUGUGGGGGGUAUUUCAAGAACUCCCUGGAAUGGAUAUUCCUGGGGUGGUGGGGGGAUCUAAAGCAAAAAUACCCUCCAUGGGGGGAGUAUGGAUAUUUUCUGGAACCACACAAUCUGUCUUCAAAAUCCGUCAAUAUUGACUGAUAAACAUACGGAUAAAGUCAGACGAAUUAUUAAAACCGAAUUACAAUUGUAGGAACACCGUUCCGUUGUUACAUUAAACGUAUUAUCACUCGAUGGACGUUUUUCUACUUUUUCAUUGGCCGGGCGCUCACAACGUGACCUGCAAAUAACUGCCUACAAAUAAUGGUCUGCUCGAGCGCAAUAUCGUCCAACUGUGUUUAGGUACAAAUUAUAUUCUGCUCUUGCGUAAAUGGAACCACGCUUUUCUCCUCUCUUGUGAUCGCUCAGGCUUAAAAAUGGCAGAUAGCUUCGUUUCUUAUGGUGUGUAGCGUUAAGAAUAUGUUGGUAGGACUGUGGUGUGUAUGCUCAGCAGCAUUGCGUGCCAAGAGUGUGUGUGUCAAGAUGAACAUGGUAGAGACAGUUGUAUGAAUUUACCGUUCCAUCUACAUUUGUGUAUAAACCUCUUUAAUCAUGGCCUUACCGACUGGUAAACAAAUACUUUAAAGAUCGAUUAAUUGGUAAAUUAUCUUCUGGACAGUUAUUUAGACAAAAGCCUAAUUAUGUUGGUAUUUGCUGUAUUUAGUUUCUGGCACAGCAAAGAGAUCCAAGUCUUCAAAAAAAGCCAAACGGCUGUUAUCUUCAAGUAAUACUUCAGCUCCAAAACAUCCGAGACUGGUGGGAGAUAAAGGUAAAGUUUUUCUUUUUCUUAUUGAGAGUAAGGGUUAGUAUUUUAUUGCAUGUAUAUGGGAGAGUAUAAUAAACUUUCUCAAUAUAGCAUAGUAAGGCCUUGCGUCGUCGGUCUUACGUUCCCUGAGCGCAGCUUCAUAAUCUGCAUACCUGACGAAAUACAGUGGUGGUGCUUUUCUUUAAGGUAUUAGACCACGUAAGCUAAAUUCCCUCAAGCUACGCAGGGGCUUAACCAUUUGGCGUCCGACAGCGAGUAGUUGCGAAUCUAUUUCUCUCUCUUUCGCUCCCUUUAUUUUCCCUUUGCCUUUCAUUUACAUAGCCAGCCAGCUUUCUUAACCACCAUAUCGUCUUUUUUCCGCAUGGAAUUGUGGCUGGCUGACUUCUAGAAAAGAGACAAAUUUAAUCUGCGAAGAGUGGUUCUUCAAACUUCCAGAAAAUGGAUUUCUCCCAAAAAAUGUUACGUGGUUCUUUGUGUAUAAUAUUUUUGUCAGGGUUGGUCAGAAUUGCCAAAAUGAGGUACCUGUGGAAAGAUGUUAUCCUUGCUAAUGUUGCUUCAUGCAAGUAUAAUUUAACAGGCGAAUUAACGGCCCUCCUUCUGACUGAGGGGAGAAGAACAUGAAAAACUUAAUCCGUUUGUAAUAGAAAACCUUUAGGUUUGUUUUAUUGACGUAAAUUUCCCGACCUUUUUGUUUCCAGCUGUUUGGGACAACUCGGUUGUGAAAUUGCUCAAAGCUGAAUACAAAAGGCGCUCUCAGUUAAGACCCCUUCUUUGGGACAACACCAUCGAGUUACCCCUAGAGAAUGUCUACACAAGACUGAAAAUCGUUUCACGAAGAAAAUUGGCCAUCCAGAUAAAAGACGAUAAGGUGAAUGCUUUCGGCAUCUUCAAAGCUCCUUUUAAAGGUUUGGAUGUCAUGACGCUAACAAGUGGAAGUUCAGAUAUGCAAGUGGGCGAAAGUGAGGCGAAUGUGUUCAACGACUUCACUGUUCCUGAUAAAGCUGAGGAUGUCCCGACGCCAGCAGAAGAAGGAAACGCAGACUUACCGAGAGAAAAUGACGAGGUAAAAGUAUUUGAAAUCUUCAAGACCCUUGAAAAAGGUGAGGAUGCUAUGACGCUAGUAGAGGGAAGUCCCGGAAUCGGUAAAACUACGUUCUGCCUCAAACUUGCCUAUGACUGGGUUCAUGGAAAAAUCCCAUCAGAGUGCUCUUUUCCCAAAUUUGAGUUUGUGUUGCUCCUCAAAUGUAGAGACAUUGAUGGAAAUAUAAUGGAUACCAUAAGGGAACAACUUCUCCCCAGAGAUAUCGACGAGGAGACUGUAGAGAAAUUUUUGCACUUCAUGAAGGACAUUCAUAACCAGGAGAAAAUUUUAAUCAUUUUGGAUGGUUUAGAUGAGCUGCCUGAAAAAUCUCAGUGUCAUGUGGAUGAGCUGCUUCACCGACGAAUUUUACCUUUCUGUUAUGUUUUGGCUACUUCGCGACAAGAAAGAGGUAUUGAUGUACGAAAGAGAUUCGUCUUUGACAUUCAUUUGGAGAUCAAAGGAUUCACAGAAGGCGAUGCUUUUGAAUAUAUCAGAAAACAUUUUGCAAAUAUUGGUCGAGGACAUUCACCAAAGGGAGAGAGACUCAUAACAGAAAUAAAAGACAACGAGUUUUUGCAUGCUCUCCGAAGCAACCCCCUUAAUUUACUCCUUCUCUGUGUAAUCUAUGAGGAUUAUGAGGGAAAGCUGCCUUCCUGCCGUUCUAAGCUUUACCAAGUUAUUGUCCUUUGCCUUUUAAGACGAUAUUGCGCUAAACACAACCUGCAAGCCCCUGAAGGUGACGACGACUUAGAGAGGUAUUUUGAGAAGGACAUACUUGCACUCGGAGAGCUAGCUUGGAUGUGCCUGCUGAGUGAUCUUCAUGGUUUCCGUGAAAAAGAAUUAGCUGANGGACAUUCACCAAAGGGAGAGAGACUCAUAACAGAAAUAAAAGACAACGAGUUUUUGCAUGCUCUCCGAAGCAACCCCCUUAAUUUACUCCUUCUCUGUGUAAUCUAUGAGGAUUAUGAGGGAAAGCUGCCUUCCUGCCGUUCUAAGCUUUACCAAGUUAUUGUCCUUUGCCUUUUAAGACGAUAUUGCGCUAAACACAACCUGCAAGCCCCUGAAGGUGACGACGACUUAGAGAGGUAUUUUGAGAAGGACAUACUUGCACUCGGAGAGCUAGCUUGGAUGUGCCUGCUGAGUGAUCUUCAUGGUUUCCGUGAAAAAGAAUUAGCUGAGCUUGAAAAAAGAUACAAAGGAUUGAUAUCCCGUCACAUAGGCCUACUUUACAAGGAAGAAAGUCUGAAGAGGUUAACACCUCAACAUGAGUACUACUUCCUUCACAAAACCUUCCAAGAGUACUUGGCUGCGGCAUAUAUUGCGCACAAAUUGCGAAGAAAUCAAUUGAAUUUGUUUGAACGUUUAAGCUUUGAUUGUGUCUGGUAUACUGGGGAUGGAGGCCCGCAUUCUAUUCGCCCAGAUUGGUGAAGAGCUGAAGAACUGGGGAGAAUGGAACUGGAACGAGUGCAGACAGUUUGGAGUAGUGAAGAUGCGAGCUUAUGAUGUUUUUGAAUUUCACGAUGACUAUUUAGGUUUGGAAACAGCGUCUUUUCUUACCCAGAGCUUCAAUGAAAGUGGACAUGCUGAAAAAAUGGCAGUUACUCUUUGUUCCUAUAUACCCUUCCCAAAGCAAGUUGAGGCUGACCUUUCCAGUCAGGACAAGUGCAAUAUAUUUCACGUUUUAGACGCAUGCAAAAGUUUUUGUAAUUUACAGAAGCCAGUUAUUCUCACCGUUCGUGCUGAAAAUCAUGACAUACCCUUAUGUCGCUAUCAGAGAAUUGCAGGGUACAUUCAAUCCUGCCCAAAGACACAGAAACUUAACCUUUUAACCCCUGUAGUUACAUUAGACCUAGCCAACGCGCUACACAACGGCUUAUUUGGAAACACUACUUUAUCAGAGUUUACCCUACAAAUAUGCGACAGUAUCCCUUGCAACGCAGCUAUUUUAAUCGGUGAAUUGUUAGCUGCACGCGGAUCCUUGAGAAAAGUAACAUUUCAACUUGACAGAGUGUGCGGUGAGACUUGGGCCAGUGCUAUUAAACCUGCUUUGUUUGCGGACACUCCUUUGAAGUCUGUGGAACUCCAGGUUCGUGGAUCAUUUAGUGAUACUGCAGUCCAUGGUUUAGGAAAGCUCUUAUCAAAUAAAGCUUUGGCCUCAUUUUCCCUUAAUGUCUCUGGAGAUGUGCAAGAAUUUGUAACUGCUGUUAUUAGCAGAGGAAUUGGGCAACAAACCGUCCUCAGGUCAUUGUCUUUCAGCGUUGACGGCAACCUUAGUCUCUCUGGUGUAAAUGCUCUUCAAGACAGUCUUCUAGAAAAUCGUUUUUUAAAUGAUUUAAUGCUGAAUGUCUGUGGAAAGAUUCCUGACAACUGGCAGUCUGUUGUGGAAAAUCUUCGUUCGGUAAAGAAGGGGUCAGUUAACUGUACUUUUGAUCCAGACCCUGGCAGCAGUGUUACAUGUAAUCAAGUGGUGCAUUUUCGUCCUGCUGUGGUCGAGAAGGGGCUAGAAACAAAACAACACUUAACUGUAGUUCUUUGGGGAGAGCUGAAGUGUAGUGGAGCGGAAGAUUUAUGUGAGAUCUUGGUGCGUGUCCCCCUGAGAAGCCUCACUUUGAAAGUGCAUGGAAAAUUCAGUGACGGUGCUGCUAAUAUUAUUAAAAGAUAUAUUGGACGACAAAAUACACUAUCAUCCCUGACAAUCAAUAUUUGGAGAAAGUUGGCCUUGGGGACAGGAACCCUACUUCAGGAACUAUCAAAUAACAACUUAACUGUUCAAGUAAAAGAGCAUGGCGUCUCUGUUGUUCCUAAGGAAGCGUGUAAUGCCCUUGAUGUCUCCAUUGACAAUCCUGCAUCGCUGACACCAAUGUUCUCUGAAGUUAAGAAUACCAGAAAGGAAAGGAUCAAUCUUAAAAUAAUUUACCACGAUGAAGUAAUUAGUGACUGGCCACGUCUGCUAGGUGAUGCUUUGGCAGAAAACACAUCGCUUACUACGCUGGAUCUUACAGUGAUCAACUACACGAUGAAUCCAGGAAUAGGGAAAGACCUCGGGGAUAGUUUGCUGCGAAGUUCUUCGUUGACAGUUUUAAGUCUUACAAUCAGCAACUACAGUAACAUGGCAGAAGGCUGGGAAUGCAUGCUGAUCAACAGCUUGGCUAAAAUGACGUCAUUAACUACAUUUAGUCUCUCAAUUGACGAUCGUGGCAGGGAGGUGAAAUUUGGAGAAGAUUUGAUGGCACUGAAGUCCUUGUCUACACUUUCCGUCGUAAUCAACGGUAUUAAGUUAACUUACUUUUGGGGUAAAUUUCUGAGAAAAUGUUUGGAUGAAUGCACUUCACUAACAAAACUCUGUCUGACAAGCAACGAAUACAUGGAACAUGGAAAUAGCCCUUACGAUGCCACCUUCUUAAACCGCUUUUCUGACGAUUCAAUAGAAAAACCUGUGAGUUGGCUAGGAGGUCUCAGGUUUGGACUAGCAAGUACCUCAUCUUUAAAGGAACUGGUCAUUACGAUUAACAACAUCACCCGUACUUAUUAUCACUCGAUAGCGCUUUCAAUGGCACAGUUCUCAUUGAACAAUUCAAUAGCGUCUCUCACUGUGACAGUCAGUGAUUACGACUUUUCGAGCUGUGAAAUGUGGGUAGCCGCUCUGAAAAAUUGUGUAGCGAAAAACGAGUCGCUAACUACACUCACUCUGACACUCAAUGACUACAGUGACGGUCAACAGUUUGGCAGUCUUUCUCGAGAAAGACGUGAUGGUAAUUUUCCAGAAAACACCUCAUUAACUGAACUCAAUCUGACAGUCAACAUCCGUCGUGAAGUAAGUGAAGACUGGUUACCAUUUUUGUGUGACCAUUUAAUGAUGAAUUGCUCCUCCCUGAAAACAGUGAGAUUGCAAGUCAACAACCAUUGCGCUACAGGCAAA